GGCGGGAGCGGGGCGCCCGGUGCAGCUGGCGGGGGGCGCCGGCCGCCCGCCAUAAAGUGAAUGGCCAGGGUGAAUGGGAGGCAGUCGGCCGGCGCCCUCCGCCUCCGCCCUCCCCGUGAGCCGCUGGCCGGCAGCGAGGCGCAGAGUGCCCGGGGAGCCGGGGGGAUUUACUUUCUGACAGCGGCAGAGCAGCCCGGGCCGCGGGGGUGGGGGCCGGCUUCGCCCCUCUCGCAGGAUUAAGGCCGCCCAGCCGAGCCCGCAUCUGGAGCCGCUAUUCCUUGUCCUCUGCCACCCAUCCCUGCCCCAUGGAUUUCAACCUGCUGGCAGACGCGGAGGCUCGCAGCCCAGCCUUGUCUCUCUCAGACUCCGGAACCUCUCAACACGAGCACAGCUGCAAAGGGCAGGACCACAGCGACACCGAGAAGUCCCAGCAAAACCAAACGGACGACUCCAACCCUGAAGACAGCUCGCUCAAGAAGAAGCAACGGAGGCAGAGGACACACUUCACCAGCCAGCAGCUCCAGGAGCUGGAAGCCACUUUCCAGAGAAACCGUUAUCCAGACAUGAGCACCAGGGAGGAGAUUGCAGUCUGGACCAACCUGACGGAGGCACGAGUCCGGGUCUGGUUCAAAAACCGCAGAGCUAAGUGGAGGAAACGGGAGAGGAACCAACAGGCCGAACUGUGCAAGAACAGCUUUGGAGCCCAGUUCAACGGACUGAUGCAGCCUUAUGACGACAUGUAUUCCAGCUAUUCCUACAACAACUGGGCCACCAAAGGUCUUGCCACCAGCCCGCUCUCGGCCAAGAGUUUCCCGUUCUUCAACUCCAUGAAUGUCAGUCCCCUCUCCUCCCAGCCCAUGUUCUCCCCACCCAGCUCCAUCGCCUCGAUGACCAUGCCUUCAUCCAUGGUCCCUUCUGCGGUGACCGGAGUACCGGCCUCCAGCCUCAACAACCUGGGAAACAUCAACAACCUGAACAGCCCAAGCCUCAACUCUGCUGUCUCAUCCAGUGCCUGUCCUUACGCCUCAACAGCCAGCCCCUACAUGUACAGGGACACAUGCAACUCCAGCCUGGCCAGCCUGCGGCUGAAGGCCAAGCAGCAUGCUAACUUCACCUACCCAGCGGUGCAGACAGCGGCUUCCAAUCUGAGCCCUUGCCAAUACGCCGUGGACAGGCCCGUAUGAAGGGCUGCCCUCCGCCAACCAUGGACUUGACCUUAGCCUGACAAAAGGAGACCUUUAGCCCUACAACAGCGUACGUCCUGCAGAGAAUGAGAGUGAACACGAGAGAGCAAGAGAGAGCGAGCACGGUGAGCAGGCAGACGGACCUCUAUGAAGAUUUGUCUAACUAUCGUAUGGUGAAUUUUGACUGUCUUUCCCCUCCCAAACCCCUUCCCCUCUUGCCCACCAAACCUCCUCCUUCGUGGUAAAGAAACCAGAACAGUCUACUGGAAGCCCCAUGGGGAAAUAGGAGCCCCAACAUGCAGGGUGCCUGACCCACAGGCAGCAGAACCACGUGUGUUUCAGUCUGCCUCUCUGAGCCCCACAGGAGGGAGCUCCCCAAAUCCAUGGGACAGCACAGGCAGCCAGAUGCCACCCCUGCAGGGAACAGCCAGGGACAGGGCAACGUGGGGGCUGCCAUUCAGUGCUCGGCUGACCCCUUCUCCCUGCACGCAUGCGAGAUUUCAGUUAAAGACGUCUUGCCCACUUAUUUACCACACAGACAGUGAGGAAAGCCUUGUCUCAGUCGAUUGGCAUCUCUCUUUAUAAUGCAUAUAUAUGCAUGGCCCUUCAUGCUUGAAGCCUUUAGGAACUGGGAGUCGCAAGGAUAUGAAAUAUGUGUGUGUAUAUAUAUCAUAUAUAUACAAAUACAUAUAUUGACAUUAAAAUACGCUUUUUUGUUUUGUACAUGAAAUAACCUACAAAGUAGACCUUAAAACCAAAAACCCUGUAAAGCAAGCACAUCCGCUGAGGUGGCAUCCAGCCUGUUGUGCUUUACUGCUUCAGUCAUUUCCAGUCAGACAGGAACACCUUUGCCAGUGUACAUCCAAAGCAUCUCCUUUUGCAACUAUCAGCUCACCCUUGCACAUCUCCUUCCCUUCCCUUCUCCAAAUCCCAUUUCCAAAAAAGAUAAUAAAAUAAAAGUUGGCACAA